GAGCAAUUGUCAGGCCAGGCAGAAUGCAGAACCCUGCAGUGCCCAGGCAGCUCUGCUGCCCUGCCCUGCCCCAGGUCCACCCAGUGACUUUGGGGCUGGGGAUUUAUCCACAGGGCAGGGCAUGGAGCAGUGCUGGGACCGUGUGUGGCACCUCUGGCACAGUCCUGACCAGUGGCAUGUGCACCUGGCACUGCACAAACACACUGGGGUACUGGGCUGAGCCACUCUGUGCUGCGAGGGAGGAGGUGGCUGCUUCCAUCCUGCUUCCUGCUCUCUCCCCAUUACGGCCCCAGUUUCCUGCAGUGACUUUUUCCUAGGGGACUGGAGUGCUAGUCCCCAUCCCCCAGCACCUUUUGCCCCAUUUUCCGCUGUGAAUUCUCCUGGGAAGGAUUUAUUGCUGACGGUUUCAAAAUAUUUUUGGAACAGAAGCCAAGUCUGUUGCAUUCCUUCACGCUGGCCAAAGCCACUCUCAGUUGAAGACCCUGGAAUGAGCUGUUGGGGAAUUUAUUUUGCAAGAGUAAUUCUGUUUCUGUGCAAACUUCUGCUUUGUUGGGACGUUUUGCAGGUCAGGAGCUCAGUCCAGGGUCUGGGAUCACCUUCCUUAGGUGCAGCACGGCCAGGCUGGAUGGGACAUGCCUGCAGCAGGGCUGUGUCUGUGGCCUUUGCCUGCUCUCCUCCCAGGCCAUCCAUGCCCAUAUCCCAAGGAGCAAGGUUUGCUGGAGUUUUGCCUGUCAGACCCCAUGGCUCCCUGGGCUCUGCACGGGCAGAGGGGCAGGAUGGGGCCUGUAACUCCUGCUGUUUGUCAGCAGGACCCAGGACUGGACACGGCUCUCACAGAGACAAACACCACAGGGCAGGGGUUCAAGGAUCCUGACAUGAAUUUUCUCAGGAGGGAGAUAAGUGAUGCAUUUCACUGGCUGUUGAUCAUUAAUGCCCUGCUGCCUGCUCAGCUGUGGUGGGUGCUGGCUGGGCACCCCGUGCUGCUGCCACGGGGCUGUGUCCAGGCACUGGCAGCUGUGGGUGACAAAGAUGCAGUGCCAGCACUGCUAGCAGGGACAGCAGAGUGCAGCUGGGGUGGAGGGGAUGCCAUGGGCACCGCAGGAUGAGUUCUGUGUUUGGCUCUGUACCCACAGCUGGGGUCUGAUGGGGCAGGAGGGAUUAACCCAGUGGAGCAGUGCUGGGAGAAGAAGUGCAGUCUUUAUUUGCAAAGAUCCUUCAGCCCCCACUAGAGAUCAGAAGAACACGACUGGCAGCCAGGAGCACCCAGGCCUGGCUGUCUGGGACUGCAGGGACCUCCAGGAAUGGCUUUGAAAGUUUCCCAUUAUGCAAAGUCCUGGUUAAAUUAGCCUGGCAAAUGAGGAGGGGGGUGGGCAGCCUGCCCUCUGCUCCAUGCACCCACUGCAUGCUCCUGGGCAUCCAUGCCCUGCUCUGGUGGUGGUUCACAGGAGGAUGGCAGAGAGACCAGAGCAAUUGUCAGCCCUGGACAUGGCAGCUCUGCAGGACUGUCACACACGGAGUGUGGCAUAAUGGAGCAAGGGCUGUGGGUCAGCCAGAGCAUCUGAGCUGCUGCCCUGGCUAGCUGGAGGAGCCAGCUGCAGUUCCCCCCGAGUGAGGGGAUGGUGAGGGGCAGGGGAUGGUGCUGGGGCUGGAGCACUGCGCUCCACGUGCCCUCAAAACCUGUUUUCCCCUUUUACGUAAGCUGUUCCAAACAUGUUUGUUACAACCCCCUGGUGAUGUACCUUUGGAAAGAGUGGUUUUGGGUCCAAAGAUCAGUGCUGGGACAGUGACCUGCCUGCUGCAAACAAGACCCUGCAGAGUAUAAAACCCCAGUGGCACAGUGGAGUACGGGACAGGCAGAGGCACGCCGAGGGCAGAGAGGAGGAUGGAGGCCAACAUGAACCUCCUGCAUGACGUGGGCAUCCAGACCACACACUGGCUGCAGCAGCGCUUCCAGGGCUCCCAGGACUGGUUCCUCUUCAUCUCCUAUGCUGCUGAUCUCAGGAAUGCUUUUUUUGUCCUCUUCCCCAUCUGGUUCCACUUCAGUGAAGCAGUGGGCAUCAGGCUCAUCUGGGUGGCUGUGAUCGGAGACUGGCUCAACCUCGUCUUCAAGUGGAUCCUCUUUGGGGAGAGACCAUACUGGUGGGUCCUUGACACAGACUAUUAUGGCAACAACUCUGCACCAGAGAUCCAGCAGUUCCCGCUCACCUGCGAGACUGGCCCAGGGAGCCCAUCUGGCCAUGCCAUGGGUGCAGCAGGCGUGUACUAUGUCAUGGUGACAGCCCUGCUCUCUGCUGCUGGGGGAGAGAAGCAGUCAAGGACACUGGGAUACUGGGUGCUGUGGGCAGUGCUUUGGAUUGGCUUCUGGGCAGUCCAGGUCUGUGUCUGCAUGUCCCGAGUCUUCAUUGCUGCUCACUUUCCCCACCAGGUGAUUGCAGGGGUUUUCUCAGGGAUGGCUGUGGCCAAGACCUUCCAGCACAUCCGCUGCAUCUACCAUGCCAGCUUCCACCGGUACCUGGGCAUCACCUUGUUCCUCUUCAGCUUCACCCUGGGUUUCUACCUGCUGCUGUGGACAUUCGGCGUGGACCUGCUCUGGACGCUGGAGAAGGCACAGAAGUGGUGCAGCAACCCUGAGUGGGUCCACAUUGACACCACUCCCUUUGCCAGCCUCCUCCGUAACCUGGGCAUCCUCUUCGGGCUGGGGCUGGCCCUCAACUCCCACCUGUACCAGGAGAGCUCCCGGUUAAAGCAGGGCCAGCAGCUGCCCCUCCGCCUGGGCUGCAUCGCUGCCUCCCUCCUCAUCCUCCACAUCUUCGAUGCCUUCAAGCCUCCCUCCCACAUGCAGCUGCUCUUCUACGCCCUCUCCUUCUGCAAGAGUGCUGCUGUGCCACUGGCUACUGUCGGCCUCAUCCCCUACUGCCUCUCCCAUCUCCUGGCCACACAGCACAAAAAGGCUGCCUAAGGCACCCCGACACCCCAGGGGUGUCUCAGGGGCAGCUAGCAGGCCCUGGGUGCACCUCAGCCACUGUUUGCCUCCCGCUGAGUCUGCACAGGCUGAUUCUGCACUGGGAGCAGACCACGGAGGCUGGGCUGGUGGUGCUGCUGGGUGGCUCCCACACCACAGACCCACAGUGCCAGUCACGCUGGGCUGGG